UUCACUCGCGCGGAUUUAACGUGACAUCAAAGAAAUCCAUGCAUCAUAUCCAGGCCCGUCGCGACGACAGCUGCAUUUUCCCGGCGAUUUCUUAAAAACAUCGUCGCGUCGCGAGGUUGCCUCUGGGGGCGAAAAAGAAAAAUGUCAGAGAGUGCGAGCGAGUGAGCGAGCGAGCCUUUGAGAGACACCGAGAGACGAUGACAGCUGCGCGUCGUUGUCGAUCAACAACGUUCUUUCUGCUUCUCGACGAAAGUGGCUUCGUUCGGUGACCGGUAACUCGAUCCAAUCCAUUCCAAAUCUACCAAAAUUUAUUUCCUACAACGACGAGACAGAAUUACUUCUCAAAGUCCACCCUCUCUGGUCUUAUUUCCGAUACGUGUUGCAACUCGGUGUAAGGCGUGCACGAACGAACGAACGAACGAACGAACGAACGAACGAACGAACGAACGAACGAACGAACGAACGAACGCGAGCAGAUUUAUCAAAUAGGCGCGAGACACGCUUAAACACAUGUACAUUGUAAAAACAAGGGAGCGGAGCACUUUUAAUCGAUACGUAUAACGAAGCUUUUAACGAGUACAAAUUCCCUCCUCCCUCCGCUCUUUUUCAUUUCCUUCUACCAAUCUUAUUUUCUACUUCGAAUGCAUCGCUCGACGAUAUCCGUGAGUGUCAUAAGUGUUAAUGCUCAUCGUUAAAAGCAUAUGGGAGUCGGCAUUCAAAACGAGGAAGAGCCGAGUUUAAAUCGAUGCGAAAAGCGCAUCGUAGGCUCGCGCUUGUUUUGCGCCACACUAUUGCGCUUUCUCCGUCAUCUUUUCUUCCUCAUCUAAUCUCCUACGUGAAAGUACCGAUGUUUUUUAGAUGGACGACGAGCCAAAUCGUCAAAGUUAAUGCAUCCACACACGGACGACGGGAUUCCGAGCAAUUUUCGGGUUCUAAUAAUAAGUGCUUAACGAAGAGCGUACGAGAAGAAAUAAUCGGUGCAAACUAUCAAAGGAACUUUAACCAGGGAAUAAAAUUAAUCGACGAUUCGCGAAAUUAUUCGCUAUAAGCGGUAAAGUGCAAUACGAGUUUCCAGGUCGACGCACGUAUUCGUCGACAUUUUCCCGUCGCAAUAAUCAAGCCAGAGAGAAGAAUUCAUCCGAUGGAUCGCAUCCGCGACAAACCCCGCGCCCGUUCUUUCCUUUUCUUCCGUCUCCUGUCUCCUAUUUACGGUCUAUUUUCAUGAAAUAAUAACACGGCUUAUGCGUAACUGUCAGAGUUAAAAGCGAUAAAUAAACAAGGCGAGCUCGCGGCUGGCAUUUCCUUCGAGGCUUUCCAUUCGCAACAGGAUGAUGUCGCGUUCUCACGGACACGCGAGAAUGAAAAUUUCGUUUCAUAAUCGGCCCGAACGAAUCAACGAAGAACGAAUAACGUCGAACGACCGUGCAUAAUUCUGCUCCGAUUUGACAUCGUCCAAAGCGGACGAAAACUUCCGUUAUCGAAGGUAAACUAAUUUUCACAAUAUUUACAACGUAGAUAUAAUACGUUAUUAUAAUAGAGCGGCCUAUUUGUUUAUCUUGUGCUCGUUCGAACGAACGAGAGUACGACGUCCUUGCGACGCGGUUCGAUGCGGUCCGACGCGUGAUGCCUAUCUACCGUAUAAAAACAGGCCCGAGCCAGGAUUUUUCCGCAAAACUCUGCGUGUUAAAGCCGCAAUGGCGAGGUUACCGGUGGUCCUCCUUUUCCUGAUAUCUCCGCCUUUUCUCGACAACGGAGAUGCUCUGAUACAAGACGGCUUAUCCAAGUUGUUGUUCGGCUCCCUGGCUACGAUAAAAAACGUAAGGAUCCCCGAGUUACUUAAUCAAUUGUGCAACGAAUCGCAAGGCGUCAACGUUACGCUGCGCGAUGCCUGUUACGGUUGCUUUUAUAGGGCGAGCAAUCAACCAACGGGAUAUCCCUUGCUAUUGAGAAUGUCCGCGUGCGCGGACAUGUACCUGAAUAAUACCGAUUACGGUCACUGCCAAGCCUAUCUGAGAAAUGCGACGAAUAAUUUGAACAACCGUGUCGGUCCUGUUACGAUCUACUGUACCUUCCUCGAGUGCAUUCGGCAAGUGAACAAGGACACGCUGGACGCUUUACGCGCAACCAUAAGGGAAGAAGGAACAACGACGGGCCGAAAAGCACGAAGGAGGAAUUCCGGCUUUAUAAUAAAAAUAUAUCCUCGCACUUUGAGAGCCGUUUGCGCGUUCAGAGAACAACUAAACACCGAUUCCAUUACCGUACGACCCGGAGCAGAGCCCAUCGAUCCCAGAACGAAUCCUGCAAGUCCUCGAAAAUCCCAAUUAGAAACUUUUGUCUCCGACGCUUUAAUUACAUGCACCAAGAGCCGACUGUAAUAAGUCCCCUUGUAUAUAGGCGCAUACGUACGUACUCACGUACUUACGCGUACACCGUGUAAGUAGAUGCUGGGGUGUAGAUAGGUAUACGAUAAUCCCAUCCCAUGGAAUGCAAUUGUAUAAACAACAAAAAAGCUGUAUGUAUGUAUGUAUGUAUGUAUAUAAAAGUCCUUUUAUACGACGAACGACACACUUUUCUUUUUGGCCUCUAUCUCUUUUAUAAUAUAGGCAUUUGGAGGAAGUCGUCUCUCUCUCAUUAUUCGUAAGGCGUCGCUCAUCAAGCCUGACGCUACCACAACACCCGUUGGAUAUAACGAUCCAUUGUACAUAAUAUCUUCCCACUGUGUGCGGCUAAGAGGAGAAAGAAAAAAAAGAAAUAUAAUACACAUAGUUAUAUAUAUAUGUGUGUGUGUGUGUGU